GUUCAGGAGGUCACUGGCUAAAGGAAUCAGUUUCCCUGAUGGCGGUUCAAGCAUGCGCGUUGUCUCUACGGCUGGGGCUGUGGAUGUCCCUCUUGCUGCCGGUACUGCCGGGGGCGGGGGCGAGAGCUGCUGGAGCGCGGUGGAGCGGGGAGGGUACCACGCCUCACCUCCAGAGCAUCUUCCUGGGCCGCUGUGCGGAGUACACCACGCUGCUGAGCCUUGAGCCGGGGAACAAAAACUGCACAGCCAUCUGGGAGGCCUUCAAGGUGGUGCUGGACAAGGAUCCCUGCUCUGUGCUCCCCUCAGACUAUGAUCUCUUCAUUAACCUGUCCAGGCACGCCAUUCCUAGGGACAAGUCACUGUUCUGGGAAAAUAACCACCUACUGGUUAUGAGCUAUGCAGAGAACACCCGCCGCCUUAUGCCCCUGUGUGACGUUCUGUAUGGCAAGGUUGGAGAUUUCUUGAGCUGGUGUCGACAGGAAAAUGCCUCUGGACUUGAUUACCAGUCCUGCCCCACAGCAGAAGACUGUGAAAACAAUGCCGUGGAUGCCUAUUGGAAAAGUGCAUCCAUGCAGCUCUGGUCCAUGUCCCUGCCAGCGGGGACCCAGUUAUUCAGGGUCCCGAAGAGGCUUUCUACCUGUGGGCCAAAAUGGGGGUGAAGAGAAGAAGGAGACCAAGCAAAAGUUCUGUUGUCAAGGUCUCGUUUAUUGGGAUGAACGUUACAGCUUUUAAGGCUUUCAGGUAGGGGGAGUGACCUUUGUGAAACAUGAAGGAGGGGGAGAUGAGGGUAUAGGCAGUGAUAGCUGGAGGCAAAGAAGUCAGGCGAUGAGGUCAGGUGGUGGAGACACCGGGUGUAAACUGAGGAGAUAACUGGUAUCUGUUCAAGCUGAGGCAUCCCUUGAAUGUUAUCUUCCAGUGCUAUAAAUUCAUGGGAGAGGCUUUCAUUCAACAAUCUUAAGACUUAUGGCAGUCAUCUUAGGGGUGAGUCUCUGUGGCCAAACAGCCCAGAGUCACCUAGCCACUUUGAGGCAAGCAGUUCAAAAAGCGGCUAGGCCCAAAUCCAAUAUGGCUCCAUGCAGGUCCACAUAUACCCAGGCAAUGUCAGUGCAACCACUGGGUAGAGAAUGGCAAGUUACAGAAAGACAAAUGAGAUUCCCCCAUAUUCCUGCCAUCAAAAUGCUACCCCCUCAACACAGAGGUUGUCAGACUCCAGUAACUGAAGACUUAAAAUAUUUUUAGUACUGGGGGAAACAGCAGGAGAAAAAAUGGCUCAAAAUGUAUCUCUGCUUUGGAGUACCUGGUGUCAGGUGUCGUGUCCUUAGUGAGUAAACCUGUCCUGUGAAGCCCAAAGACAAGAAGUCAACACCAACGACCCUGAAAACAAGACCACCUAGAUAUCCGCUUAUUAAUUUGUUUGUUUCUUUAAUGAUACCAAAGACUGAACUCCAGGCCUCCUGCCUGGGCCAUACCCCCAGUGUCACUCAAUUACAUUGUAGCGAAGCUCAUCUUCUGUCCAUCUAAUCUCGCAGUCUGUUCUGAAAGUAAGCACGUCCUAUGACAGCGCAGGUCCUUUGUGGCUUCAUUCCAGGGCAGGUUAGUAAUUCAGGCUUCAGUGCUAUGUCGGUACCUAGUGGGAACUGUGUACCAUUUCCUGGCUGUUUCAAGCUGGGUGAGCAUGUUUUGGUCUGGUUAGCCAUGCUUGUGGUGGGACUUCAUGCUGUGUACCGGGGCCAUCUGCACCUGUGGUUUGCACUCUGCUUUGGACAGUUAGUUUACAUGAGACAUCUAUGGGCCAAUGGGCUGUGAGUGGGAGUGCCAUGUGUGACUUGUAGGCCAAGUCACUGCUCCUUCUCCCUUUCUGGCGGUUAACAGCUUAGCAGGUGUGGAGGCUUCCUCAUACUGAGAACUCAAAACGCCAAACCACCAGGGACCUGUGGUGAAUGUUCAGUGGGAGACGCCACUGCAAUGUCAAGGCUAUUUGUCACAUGAGUCUAGCCUAGUUUAUUCUAGCAGACAUGUUGGUGUGUAUCCUGUAUCAUGUCUUCAGAUUACCUGACAUGGAAUUACCGAGUCUAUGGAUAGGGAACUUUAAGUGUGAUUUGCUUCUCUGAAUAAACCAGUCUGCAUCUCUACUAGACACAUGGAAUACUAAGUUUUCCUCUGUUGAAAAUCAUCAGCUAAAAAGUAGCUGCUUUUAAGACACACACACACACACACACACACACACACACACAC